AACACCAUCCGCUUGUCUGCAGCUAUAACCCAACUGCACAUAAGACGACGCCCAAUCUCGCAGUCAUCGCCACCGCUAUACCCUCCGAUCACCCUCUUUUCUACUUCAACCAUCCUCAAUAAGUCUUGAACAUACAUGGCGGAAGACAACCCCAACAACCCCAUCCUCUCCAAAUUGGCAGUUACUCUCGCCGGCGUCGCAUCCGCCGCUGUGGUGGUCACAGUCUACCACUGCAUCGUCGUUUCCUGCCGCAACAGGGGACGCCAGAGAAGCGAUCGAGAGCGGCUGCAGCAACUCAUGUACCAACGAGGAGAUCAGACGCCGAGCAGCGUCGACAACUCCGCGGCUCUUCUCAUGAUCCCGGCGCAUAAGUACCAUAAGGGGAUGGAGCUAGCGGGGAAUGAUGAUGGGGUUUGUGCGGUGUGUUUGUCUGAGUUUGAAGAGGGAGAGGAGCUGCGUACUUUGCCUGAGUGCAUGCACUCCUUUCAUGUAGCUUGCAUCGAUAUGUGGCUCUAUUCUCACACCAACUGCCCCUUGUGCCGUUCCAACGCCACACCCUCUCCGCUGUUACAGCAUGGUUUACCGGAGUCAAGUUCCGGUGGGUUAACGGAUGUUGUUGUCCAAUCUCGAAGGCUAUGA